AUGGCAUGGAGAGGAUAUCUUUCAAAGAACAUAAAAGAGCUUCGAUUUUUGAUGUGUCAGACAUCACCUGCAAGCUCAUCCGCAAGGACAUUUGUUGAAAAGAAUUACAAAGAGCUAAAGACAUUGAACCCAAAAUUGCCAAUAUUGAUCCGUGAAUGCAGUGGAGUUGAACCCCAAUUAUGGGCAAGAUAUGAUUUGGGCGUUGAAAAAGGUAUUAAACUGGAAGGUAUGACAGAGCCGCAAAUUUCAAAGGUACUUGAAGAUAUGGUAAAAGCUGGAGAGACUUUCAAAACUUGA